UACAUAAAACAGCAUUUGCAUAUAUUUUCAUAUAUGCUUAAAUAAUAAAUCAUAAUUUUAAAAUAAAUCUGUAAGGCCAAAAUGAUAUGAGAGCAUCGUGAAGAAACUGCGAUGUGCGAAGGUGUAUGGUUUGGGUAAUGGUGCUGGAGAGGGAUCCGGUGUUGAUUGGGAUAAAGAGAAGAGAAGAGCGAGUGAGAUGGAGGCGGGGGAUGUUUCCAUCUCUGCGGGGACUGAAGUGUUCAUGCCCAGGGCCAGCGCUGCAGAUCUGGCUAACAUUCAACCCAGCCCUCCACAAUAAGCGUGCAACAACAAAAAAACAGCAGACUAUUUGAAGACGAUUCUCUCAAGUCGCCAUACCGCCUGAGAGCCCCUUCUUCCCGGAUUCACUCUCCUGCUUACCGCCCAUAUUGUCUGGACGUCUAAAAGACCAUUCUGCAGAACAGAGGAGCAGUGAACUGAGACCUAGCCAGGUGUGCUCCACCCGAGAAUGAACGGAACUAUGGAAUUGUCCGCAGAAGUCAUUGCUGUCAAGGAAAAAGCUUCAGAAAACUGGCCCAAAGAGGACCUGCUGGGCUUGCUGGAGAGCAUGAGGAUCAACCUUCCCCAGAAUGACCUGACCAAAUUCAAAACUGCAGAGUCUCAUCUGGACUGGGGCAAGGUGGCCUUCAACCAGUACACAGGAGACAUGUGCAAAGAGAAGUGGCUCGAGAUUUCUCAUGAGGUGCGGAAGUUCCGCACAUUGUCGGAAAUCAUCUUGGACGCUCAGGAUCAUGUGAAGAACCCCUACAAGGGCAAGAAGCUCAAGAAACACCCUGAUUUCCCAAAGAAACCCCUGACUCCCUACUUCCGCUUCUUCAUGGAGAAAAGAGCCAAGUAUGCCAAACUGCACCCAGAGAUGAGCAACCUGGACCUCACCAAGAUCCUGUCCAUAAAGUACAAGGAGCUGCCAGACAAGAAGAAGAUGAAAUACAUGCAAGACUUUCAGAGGGAGAAGGAAGAGUUUGAACGCAAUAUGGCAAGAUUUAGGGAGGAGCACCCUGACCUGAUCGAGAACUUUAAGCGCUCGGACAUCCCGGAGAAACCCAAAACACCCCAGCAGCUCUGGUACUGUCACGAGAGGAAGAUCCACUUAAAAACACACCCUGAUGCCACAACCAAGGAUAUCAAAGAAGGCCUGGGCAAGCAGUGGUCCCAGCUGCCUGACAAGAAGAGGCUGAAGUGGAUCACAAAGUCUCUGGAGCAGCAGAAACAGUAUGAGGAGGUGAUGCGAGGGUACAUCCAGCAGCACCCGGAGCUCAACAUGAGCCAGGAGGGCAUCACCAAGUCCACCCUUACGAAGGCUGAGCGGCAGCUGAAGGACAAGUUCGAUGGCAGACCCACCAAGCCCCCUCCGAACGGCUACUCCAUGUACUGUGCCGAGCUCAUGUCCAACAUGAAGGACGUCCCCAGCACCGAGCGCAUGGUGAUGUGCAGCCGGCAGUGGAAGCUGCUGACCCAGAAAGAGAAGGAUGGCUUUCAGAAGCGCUGCGAGCAGAGGAAGAAGGCAUAUGAAAUUGAGAUGAACCGGUUCUUAUGUAGUCUCUCGGAGGAGGAGCAGCAGCGUGUGUUGGGAGAGGAGAAGAUGCAGGGCUUCAACAGGAAAGGCGCUGGCAACUCUUCCUCCAAGAAGAACUCCACCUCCAAGGGGAGCUCAGACAAACCCAAGCGGCCGAUCUCCGCCAUGUUCAUCUUCUCGGAGGAGAAGCGCCACAAGCUGCAGGAGGAGCAUCCUGAGCUGGCAGAAAGCCAGCUGACACGGCUGCUGGCCCGCAUGUGGAACGACCUGUCUGACAAGAAGAAGGAGAAGUACAAGCGUCUAGAGGCUGCGGUGAAGGCAGAUUCAGAGAAGAAAGAGCUGGAGGAGCGUGGACGCCUUCCGGAGUCUCCCAAAACAGCAGAGGACAUCUGGCAGCAGAGCGUCAUCGGGGAUUACCUGGCCAGGUACCGGAACGACCGUGCCAAAGCCCUGAAAGCCAUGGAGGCCACAUGGAAGACCAUGGAGAAGAAGGAGAAGAUCAUGUGGAUCAAGAAGGCAGCUGAGGAUCAAAAGAGAUACGAGAGGGAGUUGAGUGAGAUGCGUGCCCCUGCCACAGUGACAGGCACUGGCAAGAAGAUGAAGUUUGAAGGAGAGCCCAAGAAGCCGCCCAUGAACGGAUACCAGAAGUUCUCUCAGGAGCUGCUGUCGAACGGGGAGCUGAACCAGCUGCCCCUGAAGGAGCGCAUGGUGGAGAUUGGGGGGCGCUGGCAGAAGCUCUCGCAGGCUCACAAGGACCGCUACAAGAAGAUGGCAGAGGAGAAGCAGAAACAGUACAAAGUGCAGCUGGAGCACUGGCUGAAGAGCCUGUCCUCGCAAGAUAGAGCAAUAUACAAAGAGUACACAUCAAAUAAACGCAAAAGCACUGCAAAACCCAGGGGUACAAUUGCCAAGGUGAAGGCUGUCGUGGCCGUGAAAUCUGACACGGAGGAGGAGGAUGAUGACGAGGAAGAGGAAAAAGAGAAAGCAGAUUCUUCAGAGGGAGACUCCUCCAGCGAUGAGGAGAGCGAGGAGGAGGAGGAGGGGGAGGAGAAUGAAGAGGAGGAGGAAGGUGACGAGGAGGCCGAUGACAAGGAGAACGAGUCCGAGAGCAGCAGCAGCUCCUCCAGCUCCGAGGAGACCUCGGACUCCGACUCGGACUGAGCCCCGAGACCCCAUCCCAAAACCAGCUCCCUCUUCAAACUGCUUCAACUGCACUUGAGUUUUAAAAAGAGGGGAGGUGGGGCGCCAUUCACCCUUUUUGACUCCUGAACCCAUAGCCUGUCCAGCAUGGAUGUAACCUUGGCACUCUGGUUAACUAGAAAGCUGACCCUUUCCUAAUCCCCAGCCAUUAUUUUAAACCUUCCCUGAGCCCAUACAGAGUUCUUUCGUCUGUCCUGCCAAAAAAGCAUCCCUCUCCGUCCACACCCCUUCAACACUAGAUAGUUUAAAAAAAUAAAUAAAACCAAAAACACCACUCAAAUAUACUGAAUGAGAAAAUCCUCAGACUAGCGGAUUCACCUUGGGACUGUCAGUCAUGAAGAUUAUUUUACGGCUUGAUUGUAGUUGGAGAAUUAGUGGGGGAGGGAGGGGGUGGGGUUUCUCAGAUAUUUAGGUACUGACUAAAUCUAGUACCACGGAGUGGCCAGCAGGAGUCACUGCACACAGAAAGCUGAGUUAACAAUCAAUUGAUGUAUUCUAAACAGGUUCAAUUCCCUGACACUGAAUUUGAGAAUGAAUAAACAGGAUAGAGGACCACAGACUAUUUUUUUUCUUUUAGUUUAGACUAAAGAAAGUGUAUAGUCAACAGGGACUUUUUUAUUUUAUUUUUAUAUUUUAAUUAAUUUAAUAGUUUAAUAUCAGGAAUACUAAAGCCAUGUCUAAGUGUGUGGUUCAAAUAAAAGCAGGCAGUUUGCUUCUAAAUGUUCUGUUAUUUCAGUGUAUCGAGUUUUAAUCGUACAAGAAAACAGAAUAUAUAUAAUGUGAAGCACAAGUUCAUUUUUAAGCAUAGACCUAAAAUGAAUUAUCAAUGUAUUUAUUGUUUAUUUGGUACCAUAUAGUCUAACAAUAUCCGAGGGUCCAGGUUUAAGACUAGGUUUAUUAAAAUACCCAGAUGGAAAAGCGUAUAAAGGCACUUUAAAUAUUAAAUUCAGAGGUAGACCACUAUAUUUCAGUUUUUCUUUCUUUUACCAGUAGAGUAUUUAUAACCAGCAAGCUUAAAGUUGACUAAUUCAGAGUAAGUCCUUGUGGCAUACCCUAUACCUUCCUUAAUCUUUUAUGUGAAAGAUGCCCGCUGUACUGUACACUUUUUUUUUUUUUUUUUUUUUUAUGUUAAAGAAUUGGCCUGCAGACGGUUAUCCUUUUUGGAGGGGUUUAGAUAAAGUAGAUAUUCUUUGGGUGGAGAUGAGUCCUAUUGAUCAGGGGCAUAACAAGUAUUUUAUUUAAUGAUUUUUGUUAACCACUAUUUUAAUUAUUUAAUUUUUAUUGACCGUUUUACCCCGAAUCAACCAAAAAGAAAAAAGAAAAGGAUAAUUUAAGGUUUUAGAUUCCGGAGAUAGGCAGGGAUGAUUUUUUCCCCCUCCCUUGUUUGUUUAUAUUAUAUAUAUAUAUAAUAUAAUAAUUUUUUAUACUACAAUUGAAGCCCCCAGUUAACAGUCCUCCUAUUAUUUAAGCGAGUGCAGCAGUUUUAUGAGGCUGCUGUUAAAAUAAGAACUAUUUCUAAUCCUGCAUGUUUUAUUUCGCUACACCCUCUUAGGACUGCAUUAUUAUAUUUAUCUGAUUUAAAUCAAAUCUGCGAUUCAGAUUUUAUUUUGUAUUUCUACAAGAUGGCGUAGUUUAGUAGCGGGCUGCUGUUAUGAAAUUGUAUUUAAACACGUACAGCUUUAGAGCAGAAUAAUGAUAAUACAGGUCAAAAUAAUUUCACAAAAGCAGAAACAGAGAUUAGUAAAGCUGAAUGAAAUGGCAGAGCAAACCUAAACGUUUAUAGAUGGCAAUGUUUUACCCUAUAAUUCUUGCUAUAGAUAUUUAUGAACUUCAUUUUUGCCAAAGUUCUCAACAUCCAGGUCCCUUAAAUGUCUUGUAAAAUCCUCCCAUUAACAUCUGUUUUUUCCUUGGUUAUUAAUUAUUAUUAAACAGGAUCAAGUCAGUUUAGCACUUUGCAAUGCAGCUGUGGAAGGCCAUGUCUAAGAAACAUUGAAAGACUCUCUCCAUUAAUAGGAGUCCUGCUUCCCAGUCAAAAAGCUGCAUCCUGCAUUUCUCCAAGAUGUCCUUUUUAAGAAGCUGAUCCAAUAACACACAUCAUUUCGUGCACAAACCAGUUUAAUUGCUGAAUGUUAUUUGUCCAUCGCAGCACACAAGUGGCAAAAUGUACUUUUUAAUCACUUAUGUACUUUCUGUGUUUGCCGUACAUUUUUUGUAUACACUUUUUUCCUGAUGCCGAAACAUCGGGAAUAAGCCGAUUUUGCUGUGUAGCUUCAUUCAGGCUAAAUGAUGUUGACUUUAAUCUUGAGGCUGAGACAUCACAGGUGGCUGGGUCCCUUUCCCCAAAACCAUACUGAUAUUGUAGUCCAAGCUGCUCUGGAGUGGUGCCUGAGCCGUUUGUGCAAUCCAAUGUGAUCCAAGUAAUAGAAAAUUUUACCAGUCCCUCAGAAGUUACUGAGGUUCUGCCAUAAAGUCUUUUAAAAAGUGAAUUUGAGUUUACUCAAUCUAUGUAGUUUAUGGCAUGCAUCAUUUCUAUAGUGCAGGUUAAGAGGUCAGAAAGAGGACUGUUCCAAUGAUACAAUAUCUAACGUGUGAAAGAGACUGCACAGGGGUAUUAAAAAUUGAAGGGGGGGGGGAGGGUUAUCUUGUGUGGGGUUUAAUAUGGUUGUACGUUAUUUGUAUAUAAUGCUCUUUGUAACACGUGGCUUUUGUUUUACAUGUAUAUUUUAUUUUGUUAUUCUUACAGCAUUUCUUGGGACACUGCUUGGGGAGGGGAGGGGAGGGGAUGUGUUCUUUACUGUAAAAAGAACUUGGUGCAUUUUUGCACUUCCGAAAUCACCUUGUCACACUGGUGAUCGUCGGGAGACUUUUUUUCUAAUAUUUUGAAAGUGUUCUUUUUGUAGAAAUAAAAAAGAAAGAAAAAAUGCUUUGCAGAUUUGUAUCGUUGAUUUUAAAACCUGAAAUCUGUAAGAGUUUUUAUAGGUAAAGGUGUUCUUUAUUUCAAGUGAUUACUAUUUGAGCAAGUAAACUGUUUAAAAAUAAUAAUAAUAAAAAAAAAAAUCUAA